AUGAAUAAAAUAAAUCAUCAAGGUGUUAAUUCUUUAGUAUAUGGUAUGCUUUUACAGGUGAAAUUGCACAAGAUGAAACGUACUUAAAUUAUUAUAUUGUUAAGUCCAAAUGAGGUUCGUAUGAUCUAAAUGGUAAUCAUCAAUAAUAACUGUAUCUUAGAUUGAUCCUUAAGGCACAUAUAGUACUUAUUGUGAUCUAACUUUGAUUUAAGAUAUUUAAUAAAAAGAACAAUCUAAGUUGAAAAUAAUAAAUACAAAAGGUGAGUACAUAAAGUUUUAUUUUGACAGUCCUUUUUGUUUAAUAACAUUCAAAGAGGGAUUAGAGUAUUUGAUUAUGGAAGCAAAUAGAAUAUAGAAAUAACUUGAUAGUUAUAAUUAGAUAUGGAGUAACACUCUAAAAUUGAUCACUAAAUCAGAUAUAGAUAUGGAUAAUAAACUUAACUUUAAGGAGUUUCAAUACUUAAUAGGAGAAUUAUAAAUAUAGAUAACAGAAAGGAAAUUGAUACAGAUAUUUGAGAAAGGGCAAAAGAAUAAUUAAUUAGAUGAAGGAAGUCUAUAUAAAUUAUUAAUGGACAUAACCUUAAGACAUGAAUUAACAGAAUUAUAUUAAAAAUAUAGUAGUAAAAAAGAGGGAAUGUUUGAAGAUCCACUUUAAGCAAUGUUAAUGACAGAUAAAGAUUUAGAAUAGUUUUAUAAAAUAGAGCAAGGAUAAAAUGAUUAUAAAUCAAAGAAGAAAUAAUACAAUUUUUAUGAUUUUCAGAAUGUUAUAUUUAGUGAUGAGAAUACAAUAUUUUAAUAAAGAGUAAUUGAUUAAUCUUAACCAUUAACAAAAUAUUUAAUAAAUUCUUCUCAUAAUACAUAUUUAGAAACAAAUUAAUUAACAGGAGAAUCAAGUUGUUUUGCAUAUUAAGAUGCAUUUAAAAUGGGUUUUAAAUGUGUUGAAUUAGAUUGUUGGGAUGGAGAAGAUGGUGAACCUAAAGUUACACAUGGACAUACAUUAGUUAAUGAUAUUAAAUUCAAAGAUGUUAUAUUAACAGUAAGAGACUUUGCUUUUUGUAAAGAUAAUAAUCCUGCUAUUUUAUCAUUAGAAAUGCAUUGUGGAUUAAAAUAAUAAAAAAGAAUAGCUGAAAUAUUAAAAAGUAUACUUGGAGAUAUGUUAUUUGUGGUUAAAAAUUAUAAAUAAGAGAGAUUCUCUACUUUAUAAGAAUUAUAAAGAAAAGUAUUAAUAAAACAUAAAGGAGAUGAUAAUUUUUUAUUAGAGAAAUUACAAAUUAAUUCAUCAACAUUGUUUUUUUCAUAAUCACAAGAUGAUAUGUUAAUUUAAUUUGAUGAUGAAGAUUAAGAUAUUUAAGUAAAUGUAAAAUAAUUUAAUUAAACUCUUGAUGAACAUCAUAAAAAAAUAUGUCGAGAAUUAUUAGAAAUAACUUCAUUAUAUGCAGUAACACUUAAAUUAAAUAAUAUACCAGAAUUAGUAUGGAUAGUAUCAAGUGUAUCUGAAGAUAAGAUAUCAGAUGUAAUAAAGAAGAGUCAGGGUAAAUUCUAAGAAUAUGCUGAUAAUUAUUUUAUUAGAGUGUAUCCGUUGGGAUUAAGAUUUGAUUCAAGUAAUUAUGAUCCAUUUCCAUCUUGGAUAGCAGGUGCUUAAUUAGUAGCUUUAAAUAUUCAAACUAAAGAUUUAUUUAUGCUAUAAAAUUAUGGUAUGUUUCUAAAUAGUUCAUAUGUACUCAAAUCUCAAUAAGAUAUUAGAAUGAAUAUAUAUCUAAAAAUUAUCAGUGCAACUAAUCUUGUUUGGGAAGAAGAAAAACGAAGAUAAGAAGAAAUUGUUGAUCCAUAUAUAAAAGUAAGAGUUGCUGGAAAUAAAGAAGAUGUUAACAAAUCUGAAAAAUGGAGAACAGAAGUUGUCUAAGAUAAUGGGUAUCAUCCAAUAUUUAAUUAUUCUUGCAUUAUUUAACUUAGAUAUGCUUAAUAAGAUGUUAUUUAUUUUUAAGCCUAUAGUUAUUCUAUCUUGGGAGACUCUUUGUUAGCUUAAUAUUGUUUAUCACCUCUUAACUUAAGAACAGGUUAUAGAACUAUACCAUUAUUAAACUCUCAGUUUAAACCCUUACACAAUUCAUACAUUUUAGUCCAUAUCAAAAUUGAAUAUUGAAC